AAAUUUUCACAAAGUAAAAGUGAUGAUGGAGGGUUUAACUUACAAUUCGAGUUCCAUUGGCAUUGUGAAGGGAUUUUUAGGAAAUAUUAUUUUUUUCACAAAGUUGAUUUUCUUGCAAACUUUUAUUGUAGUUGUGGUUUCCACGAGUCGCGACUAGUGUAUGAGGGUGCAGUACUGGUUUGCGAAUGGGAAGAUUGCAUGGUACGUUUUAAAUAUCUUAAUGGAGACGCUAUGUUCGAUGAAAUAUUAAAAUAUGUCAAUCAUAUAAAUUUACAUAUAGAGUUGCUGGAUGAAAAAGAUCGAGAUAAUAGAUGUUACAAAUGUCACUGGAAAGGAUGUACUAUGAAAUUUAAGAAUAAAAAUAAUUUAAAAAUUCAUGUGCAGCACCACUCAGGUGAUAAAGCUGCAGCCUGUCCUUUUUGUGGAUGUUUUUUUGCGAACAAUUCAAAGUUAUUUUAUCAUAUGCUGCGUAGAAAUUUAUCAAAAGGGAACUCAACAAUAGAAAAGCGUUGCAUUUUGUGUCACAAAGUAUUUGAUUCAGCUCGAUUGCUUAGGGAGCAUUGUCGCCGACAUAUAGUGAAUCUUAAAUGCGAAUAUUGCGCUGUGAUGGUAGGAAGUCCAUCAGCACUUCGUCGUCAUAUACUCACCGUUCAUUUGAAACGGAAAAUCUAUCGUUGCAAUCAGUGUAAAGGAAGGUUCAUUCUUUUUCUUUUUGAGCUUAAUAUUUUACAUAGCGUUUUGCACAGUAAUAAUUUGGAAUUUGAGUGUGCUCAGUGUGGGUCGAAAUUUCGUUGGCAGAAACAGUUGACAAAUCAUGUUCGUAAGCAUCAGCAGGAUUACACUCCUUAUACUCAUCUUUGUCAUUUAUGUUCAGCAAAGUACACGAACGGUUUUGGUCUAACUCGACAUCUUAAAAUAAAACACAAUUUCACAAUUCCAACUGGGUUUACGCGCUUUCAAUAUAAGAAAUGUGCUGAUGGCUUUUUCCGUCUUCAAACGCGGCGAUGUCUCAGUCAGGCUUUAGCCAAGGAUAACGCGCAUUUUAAUGAAGCACAUUAUGUAAGUUAA